UUUUUUGCGUAUUUAGGGAGGGCUGGUGCCCAAAGUCUAGUCUAUAAAAAAAGAUGAUAAUCAAGUAAACGAGGUCAUAAUCAGUCGGAGGCUUUGAGGAGCGUCAUGUCGUGUUGUGAGUGUCCAGGCAGCGAGGACACAGCGCAGUGCAGCAUCCUCUACAGCAUCCUCAACAGAGGCGCCGCGCGCCCGCAGCGGCGGCUGGAGACGACCGCCGCGCACCGGAUGUGCUCCUGCGCGUCCAAGAGGAAACUGGUGUCCAUUCGGGCACCGCAGCUAGUUUUCAAAGCGGCCUCCGAGGUGCUCGUGAAAACUUUCCGCUUUGUGAAGAACGUGCCGUGUUUUCGGGGUCUGCCGGCGCAGGACCAACUGCGGCUCGUGCGCAAGAGCUGGGCGCCGCUGCUGGUUUUGGGCAUGGUGCAGGACUCCGUGGACUUCGACACGGUGGAGAGGCAGCAGCCCAGUCUGUUACACCGGAUUUUAACGCACAGCAGGGAGCGACAGCAGCGCGCUCCGGCCGAGACUCAAGACCCCGGGGUGCCCGUCGGCGACGUGGAGGGGAUCAAAAUGUUUCUGGUCAAGUGCAGAGGACUGAGGAUCAGCGUUAAAGAGUAUGCGUUCCUGAAGGGAGCAAUACUGUUCACCCCGGAAGUGACGGAGCUGGAGUGUCGGGAGUACAUCCGGGCGCUCCAGAAGGAGGCAGAGCGCGCGCUGUACGAGCACGUGCGGACGGCACACCGGGGAAACGUCAGCCGGUUCAGCAGACUGCGCGGCGUCCUGAACACGCUGCGGUCCAUGGACCCAGGCGCUGUGGCAGGACUCUUCCUCAGACCAGUGACUGGGACGAGCUGCGUAGAUGAACAUGUGCUGGCUUUGUUUAACGAGAGGAAGAAUUAAAAAAAAAAAAAAAAAAGAGGAAGAAGUCCAGAUUAUUUCCUUUAACAGCCACCAUAAUCAUCACUAUUCGCUUCAUGUUACAUAUUUUUAUUAUUUAUUAUCACAAUGUGUGGAGUCAAGAACACAAAUACAGGGACAUUCACCACUAGUUGUGUGCAUCAAUUGGGCUACACUGGUGGUUUGGGCUCCAUCUCUCUCCUCGUUCAACGCCUCAUUUCUCUUCUUCUUCCUCCUGCUCCCAGGUGGCAGAGGAUGCUGUUAACCUGGGAAAUACCGGCCUGAAUUAAACCACGCUAAAUGAUGGAACUGUGUUAACAUUUCAUGCUGAUUCACCUCCCCUGAUGCACACUUAUUUCCCAUCCUUGUCUUCAUUUGAAGAUUUUAUUGUAACAUUUGAUAUAUCUGUUGAUAUAAGUCUCCCAAUUUCCCAGAGCUGAGGGGUUAUUAUUUGGACAGAUAUUGUUGUAUCCCUUUGAAAAAUAGCGUUAGCAUAUUGAAAAAGUUUAAUCACAAGUAUUGAGCUUGUUCUGUCCAGGCUUUACUUCCCUCCAGAUGCAGCCUCUCAAGGCAGCAAUAGACAUUUAAGCUUAGCCUUGAGUAUUAGCACCACAAUCUUCCAUGCUUUUUCCCUGUCAGCCACUGAAUCUAACACCAGCUAAGCUUGUCUGAGAUCACCGCAGUAUCACAAACAAACAAGAGACUGCUUAAUUAAGUUUUUAACAGCACAUUUCAAUAUGUUUGUCUUAAGUUUCCUUAUGUUUUUUGUUUGUAUAUAUAUGAUAUAUAUAUAUUAUCCCCACUUGAAUAUCUUUACAUCCAGUAACCAUUUUAAGUAUUUGUACAUGCUAUUUAAUAACUUACAAUAUCAACAAAAACAUUUUUAAAAUUGCAAAUUUGCAAUUCGACCAUAGCAUUGUUGUCAACAGAGUGGCAUUACAGAAUUAUAGAAUUUGGCUGGUGUGUAUAGAAAUGCUAUGGAUGUUUUUGUUUUGUUUUUUUUCACCCCCACUGUACAGAUACAAAUUAACCAUCCUGUUACAUUGUUGUAUUCAAUAUGUAGACCUUUAUAUGUGAUUGUGUGGAGAAACUUUUUCUAUUAUUUAUUGAUACUUUUUAUUAAUUUACUUGUGACCUGACCAAAAUACCCCAUUUGUCUGAUUAAAGAUUAUAUCAUGACAA